CGAUAACAAAAUUUAGUGUUGACUAAUGUCAUAGUGCUAACAUAAAAAUAAAAAGGGUUACUCUUAACUGUAUAAAUGGACUACCCUUACCCGGCAGUUUGCCUAGAAUGCAAACAAAAAUUUUAAAUGAUGACUUUAGAUGAUGAAAGCGAAAAAUACAUACAGGAAAAAUUAUAUCGUAGCCGCGGCAAAUGUGCAAUCUAUGCAUGCCAAUCGGAUAUAUACGUCGAGCUGAAGCAGAAAUCCAAUGCGCAUGCUAGGACAUCAAUUUCCGCAAUGGUUGAGAACGCCAAUAGUUUCACACUCGAUAUUGGGCACGAUGUUUGGUUUCAAAUAGCCAUGCAUUUAGAUCCAGAAGAUGUUCAGACCUUUGCCUUGGUCUGCAAGCAGACUGCGAAGCUGGUCAAUUCUCGAGUCUUCUGGCGUAAUAUGUACAAACGAUAUUGCAUGGGUAGCACAGCCAAGGGCUGGAACUUGGAGCUGCCUGCUCAGUUGCAACUGGAGCAGAUACGUAACUGUGAUACGAAAACGCUACGUGCUAAAGUUAUUGAGGCGCUUUACCACUGCUAUAGUCCACUAAAAACGCGCCUGGAACUGGGCUAUAGCCUGGACUGGUUGCUGCAACGUACAUUUAUGUCCUGCUCGCAACAGCAAUAUCAAUGCUUGUGGAUCAUAUGCUAUGCACUUCGGAAUCAACAAGCAACAGCGCGUAGAGGGUUAGCUGACGAUGCCGGUGAGUUGGCGCAAGGGGGCAACGAAGUGAUCAAUGAUUGGGAAGCGUUGGCAGAGGAUGCUGAGCUGUCUGCAGGCACAGCCAACUAUUGCUCCUAUCGUCAUGAAGGUGUUGUUCUCCUAAUUGUACUGUGCCGGCAAUUUGUGCCACUGCCGCUACAGUUGCUCUACAAUCAGCAACAGUCGCUCUUUCGCUUGAAGGCCACACGCGAACUGCUCUGCACGGAUAUGCGUGCCAAAAACUUGGAGCUGGACUUUGUCGAGGACAAUAGUAGCAACAGUCUGAGCGUCACUGUUAAAUAUUCACGCAUUGAAAAGUACAAAGUUCUGCCCUGGUGGCAUCCAGAUUUCAAAAGGUUUCUCAAAUAAAUUUCAAAUUAUUUUAAUAUAUAACUUGAUGCAUCGUAUAGAUGACGAGGUUCCUGUAACAUGUACGCCAUACUGUCUUCACUAAAUAUUAUAAAUAUUAUAACUAUAGUGGUGGAUAUAUAAAUUCUAUAAGAUCAGGAAGCCAGCCAAGGGUCAGAUAUAUCAGUUUUUAGAAAAACGAAAUCUUUAUCAGUGUUGUCGCUAUUGUAGCAAUCAGGUGAUUCUACAUGAACUUUUGUGGGGCAUCGAAGAGACCUUAUCUCAUAUGUGGUGCAUCCAUGUAUACAAUAUACAAGCCAGAUGACAGACUGAAAACAUAUGUUAUACAUUGUUUGGUUACUACCGGAGAGCUUCCCAUUUGAAUUGCAGAUAAAAUGUCGAACGUAAAU